AUGGACAAACACCCUGCUGUUUUAGGAUGCAGAUCCAAGCGAGCCCAUUCGUUUCCUUCAGAAGGCAAAGAUGACGAGCACAAGACGCGAUCAAAAUCACCUCGGAAGCCACAUCGGCCACUCGUGGCCUUCGCUGCCAAAGUUCUCCCCCUGACACCCCUCGGAGACAAGCGAGAUCGCUCAUCGCCCGGUGGCGUUGAAGACACCAGCAGCAGUCCAACCCUACUUCAUCCCCCUAUGAUCCAACAUGCGGAGCACGAGCACUUGACAUUCGGCCCUCUGCCCAAAGCCAAGUCUUUUGAUUCUACAACUUCCCAAGCCUCAUUUGCUACUCAGGCGAGCGAGAUGCUCGAUCCAUGGGAUGCGCCAGCCUACGACCCUCGCAUCGGAACAGACCUCGAUUCCUGGGACAACCCACCGCUGCACAAGAUUCUUGACACCCUCCAGGUCGCAAUGAUGAAUCGCUGCCAUGACGCGCACGCCACCCUCCCGCAGGAGCUCAACGGUCUCGUGUCCCAGCUGAUAGAGGCUUUCCCCGUCAUGAACCGCAAGGUCGCCAUUGCCAAACGGAAAGUCGAUCAAGUUACGGCCGCCCGGGAACGGGAUCUGGGCAAAUUUCGAGAAUUGUCUCGCGAAUGGAUUGGUCGUGAAAGAGAUUACAAAGCAGAGAUCCGAAGACUAGAGAAGUUGCUCGCCAAGGAGAGUAGCAAAGGAAUGGAGGCCGUCUCGCUGGCGAGGAGUCGCUCCGUUGUCAACCGUAGUGAUACCAUGCGUUUCGUACGCAGUCUGGAUCAGGUGGAGGAAGAGGUUAGGACAAGUACGGAUGAUUUCGACACUCGAGCGGAGAAGAGUGGUGACAUACAGGACUCGGCUACUUUCACGGCAAAUCCUGCUUCAGAGCUGUUCCCGUUUGACGAACAGGCUCCAUUUCAUUCUCUUAGGCUAGAACCACCACGCGUAGCUUUCGACAAUAACCAUGACAGGGAGAUCACAAAGAAGAUGGAACAGGCCAGAAAUGACAAGAAGAACCGUGAGGUCAUACUUCCGAAUCAUCCAGGGCGCCCUCAUGACAAGGGAGUACGUCUGUUUUCGGCCCAUCUCUGGCAGACUAGAGACCAGAGAAAAAGUGAGCGUCAGAAGAAAAUAGCGUCAUUAAAGCGACUCGAUACAUCCAAGCGACCACGAGCGCAGCCAUCUAACACCAGUGCCAGUAGCCCGGAGCCAGUUUCUCAAGGCACGAGCAAGGUGGAAGAUAGUGUGUUCGGAGGAGACUCGGCCCAAGAUACUUGCGAACAUCUGAGGACAACCUUAACACCGCAUGGGAACGAGACCCAAGGUGGUCAGGCUUGUGAGCAUGGCAAACUUAACCGCAGCGACACUUCGGACUUGGGACGGCGGCUUGGCCCUGUCGAUUCGGCCUCUUCCUCCAGUGGAGACUCGGACUUGGAUGCCGGCGCCCAAUGUGGCUCUGCCCCCAUGUACUCUGUGCUUCCUGAGCGCAGUGAUACCGUCACCCAAGCAAACUACAACGCCAGCAUCCAACCAGAUUGCUCGUACCAUCAAAGUUGGCGACCGCUUAGCCACAUACUUCAGAUAGAUCAGAUGUCCGGACAAAGACGCUUUUCAUUUGAACUAGGCGAAGACUCUAUUGAUCUCAGUCCCAUGCUGGCGCCGAAUGAAUACACGGGUUAUCCCUUCCCCAACAUGAAGAGCGAUGGUGAUGCAGACACACCAACCGCCACAUCCGAUAUGACUCCCUCGUCGAAUUUGGAUGCAGCAUCUCUCCCACAUGCUUCUGGUUUUCUGGGAACAUCCCCACAAGGGUCUGGUAGAGUAUGCGCUGAUGAACUUACCGAUUUUGAAAAUCAAAUGGCUGCCACCCCGAUGGCUGCACCCUUUAACCUUCUCCCAACCACCCAUUUGCAGAACCAUGUCAUCGGCUCAGAGCACACCCCUACUGCUGAGAGAUCUAAUUGCAACAAAGCAGCCAGAAAUACAAACAAGAAUAGGAGGACAGCUAAGUAUACGUCGCACAUCAAGGGGUCUGCGGAACCUUUGGUGGCUCAUCAGGGAAAAAUCCCCAUCAACAGAGAUGCCAUAGCUGCGGCUGUUGCUGCCUCGUCCAAGGCUUCUUCAAGCAGUGGGGACUUCAUUCCUGAAGUGCAGGCCACCAAGACCAGCUAUCUCUCUUCGACCUUCCAUAGUGACGUCUAA